AUGCCAGGCCUCCUCUCUGCUGGGCCCUGGGCUCAGCCUCGUCCUCCUACAGGAAACGGUUGUGCUGCCUCUGAGCUGGACAUGGUCCUGAGCCUUAAGCUGGGGCCUCCAAAGGGCGUCGAGAGUCUGCAGAUGCUCUGUGAUGUUUUCACAAGGGCCACAGACGUAGUUUCUUUGCAACAAGGCAUCACAGGCCACCACUUUCCCACCUGGUUUGUCUGGAGGAGGAGAUGGGAGCAGGACGAGUUUGGAGACCGAGGCCUGUCAUUGUCCAGGGCAGGGAAUGCCUCCGGACGCCGUGUCCCACCCUCCCUCUGGGGUCAGGCCUCUCCUGGGCUCUGCAGUGAGGGUCUGAGUGGGACCCUCACCCAGCAGCCACUCCUGCCCAAGUCAGGGGCCGCUGGCUCACAGAUGUCAUCCAAAUGCCAUGAAGGCAGCCACCAAUCAGAUGAGGAGGUUACAGCAAAGACCAGGAGUGAGGGGCCCCACUUGGUCCUGGGAAUCCAACAGGGAAACACAGAAUGGGACCCAACAUCUGGCUGGAGCGAGCCUGGAGCUGAGACGUGCGGAGCAGCGGCCCCCGAACCCCUCCCACCCACGGUCUUCCCGCUGUCACGGCUGAGGCCCCUGCCGUGGGGUCUCCCAGGUGGAGCCCCCUGUCUCUACGCAGCGAUGUCCACACAGCGAUGCAGUUUCUGCCCAUCCAGCGCCUCCCUGGGCCUGGCAGGUCACUCCCUUCUCAGGCUGGGAUGCCGGCCGGUGGGGGGGGCGGUGGUGGGCAGUGUCGGGCUACACCUGUGGGCCUCUGGCUUCCACCGGGUCUGGCUGGGGGACCCAGGCAGGAAGGGGGAGGGGAGGGCAGCGAGUGCAGGGUCCAUCCCGACCCCUGCGGACCCUCUGGCGUGGACCGCCUCCCCACUCGGCGGCCCCCUCUGGUGGUGGUGCUGGACGCCGUGUGGCUUGCAGGCGAGGCCUCCCGCCCCUGUGAAGAUGCCCUCCUGA